AUGGCUCUCUCAGUCUCUGUGCUGCUGGCCCUGGUGAUGCUGUGCUCCAACCCUGCCUGCUCUCAGGACUGCGCCCUGCAUUCUAGCCAUGGCAAUCCAGAAACCUUCACACUGUUGAGUCAAAUGGAGAAAAUCUCCAUUCUGUCCUGUCUGAAGGAUAGGACUGACUUCAGCUUUCCUCAGAUGCUUGUGGAUGGGAACAAGUUUGAGAAGACAGAAGCCACACUUGUCAUGCAUGAGAUGCUCCAGCAGAUCUUCCACCUCUUCAGCAAAAGUGACUCUCUUGUGGCUUGGGAUGAGACCCUACUGGACAAAUUCCUCGCUGGACUUCAUCAGCAGGUGGAUGAUCUGGAGACAUGUUUGGAGGAAGAAAAGAAUGUGGAACUAUUAAGUGAGAACUCCAGACUGGCUGUGAAGAGAUACUUCCAUGGAAUCAUUCUGUAUCUUGAAAAGAAAGUAUACAGCCACUGUGCCUGGGAGGUUGUCAGGGUGGAAAUCAGAAGGUGCUUGUUCUUCAUCAAUGAGCUCACAGCUAAACUCAGGAAAUAA